GCCUGGCGCGGCACAGCAUGGCCCUGCAGGCAUUCCGAGUGUUUGAGCGGAUGGCCAGGCAGGAUGAUGAGAAGAGGCGCCGGGAGCUGGAGGCAAAGCUGAGGAAGAAGGAGGAGGAGGAGGAGGCAGCUGCAGCUGCCGAGAGGGUGAAGCUGUGCCCUGCAGCUCAGGAGGUUGAGGUGGAGACAACGGAGCACAUCCCAGCACCAGAUGUCGGGGGAGCUGUGGGCACAGAGGAAUCAGCUGCAGCCCAGGGUGCCACAGCCCCCAGCUCUGUGUCGGUGGAGCCUCUGGGGGCUGCUGCCCCAGCAGAGUUGCUGACGAGACAGGAACAGUUCCAGACAAACCCUGACAGCUACAAUGGAGCUGUGCGAGAGAAUUACACCUGGUCCCAAGACUACAGUGACCUGGAAAUUAAAGUGCCUGUGCCCAAGCACAUCGUCAAAGGCAAACAGGUGUCUGUGGAUAUCAGCAGUGGCGCAAUUCGCGUAGCGGUGCUGGAGGGGAGCAACCAGCAUGUCCUCAUGGAAGGGAAACUCACCCACAAGAUCAAUACGGAGAGUUCCCUGUGGAGCCUGGAGCCCGGGAAGUGCAUUUUGAUCAACCUGAACAAGGGGGACGAGUACUGGUGGAAUGCUAUCCUGGAGGGCGAGGAGCAGAUCGACAUUGACAAGAUCAACAAAGAGCGCUCCAUGGCCACAGUGGAUGAGGAGGAGCAUGCUGUGCUCGACCGCCUCACCUUUGACUACCACCAGAAGCUGCAGGGCAAGCCCCAGAGCCACGAGCUGAAGGUGCACGAGAUGCUAAAGAAGGGCUGGGACACCGAGGGCUCCCCGUUCCGUGGCCAGAAGUUCGACCCCUCCAUGUUCAACAUCUCCCCUGGCGCCGUCCAGUUUUGACGGUGGCAAAAACAACUGAAAAACGAAGCAGGGAGAGGAGAAACCUCCCGGAUGCCCACUGGGACUCUCACACUCCGUGCGGGUGCCCAUGACCCGCUGCUCCACGCUGCCAGCACCCAUCGGUGCGGGGAAGCCAGGCGCGGGCAGAUUUACAUCCUGUCACCACGGCAACCCGGGCGCCGAGACCCCUCUCCUCCCCUGCCUCCCCUUGCCUCGCGCUGCCGACGCUCUGUGUUUUUCCGGAAUAGACGGAUCAUGUUGGGUGACAUAAUUAUUA